GUGGGAGGAUCAGUGCCGUCAGCACGAGCGGCAUGUUCCAGUACCUAUCUUCCGGCAUAUGCGAGUAUUUUAGUUUUUGGUGGUCGUUGCAGAACUGAGCGACUGAAUGACUUGUACAUGUUGGACCUUUCUUCACUGGUCUGGACUCGUGUUGAAACAACUGAGGUGCCAGUGCGGCCGAGCGGUAGGUCGUGGUGCUCAGUGAACGCGCUUUCUUCGGACCAAGCACUUGUUUAUGGCGGAUUAUCAAAUGAUUCUCAUACGCUGUCCGAUUCCUGGAGGAUUUGUAUCAAGAGGAAAAGGAAAGGAUGGUACGAAGGGACAUGGACAGCAAUGGACAUUGCCUCUGAACUAUGCGGUGGGGCAGAUCUUGAUUCGCGAGAUAGCACCGAAGUAACGGUUGUUUUACGAAGGCAGGUUGAGCCACUUUCGCUACAGUUAAUUUGUUUGGGAGCUUUGCAUCCUGACUUGGAAGAUGUUCGAUUCCUGCCGAUGCAUUUACAGCUGCGUUGUGCGUGGGCGCACUUCCUCUUGUAUGCAGGAUAUCGAACGCCACACAUGACUGUUAAACAUUUUAAAUCAUACAGUUUGCUAAAAAUACUGGACAUGUCUUCUUGAAU